AUGUCACAGGCUAAGAUCAUCUGGGACUGUGGCUACCACAGCUCAUCCAGCAGCUGCCCCGGCCUCACGCUGCACCGGCUGCGCAUCCCGGACUUCUGUCCGCCCGCCCCGGAGCAGAUCGACCGCUUCGUGCAGAUCGUGGACAAGGCGAACGACCAGGGAGAGGCUGUGGGAGUGCACUGUGCCCUGGGCUUUGGCCGCACGGGCACCAUGCUGGCCUGUUACCUGGUGAAGGAGCAGGGCCUGGCUGCUGGAGACGCCAUCGCUGAAAUCCGGCGGCUUCGACCGGGCUCAAUCGAGACACAUGAGCAGGAGAAAGCGGUCUUCCAGUUCUACCAACGAACUAAAUAGGGGCCCCAGCGCCCUUCUUCCAGGCCCGCUGCCUGACCAGGGUGUCAGAGGGGCCAGAGCUGUGGAAGUAGACUGAAGCCUCCAGCUCCCAGCCGGCUCACGAGACGGACGUCGCCCUUCCUGCUGACAGGUUCUGAUUGGAGGGAUGUCUGGAGCUGCAUUGAUGUGGGGGUCCCUCUUCUGCUUCCUUGAAUAAAUAACUUAUAAGAACCAG